AUGUGUGAAAAUAUUAUAGAAGAAAAUUUAGUAGCUGUAAUUGGUAUUGGCUUUAGGUUACCAAGUGGAAAUAUAAAUGAAUCAAUUGAUGCUCCAAGUCAACUAUUUAACAAUUUAAUGAAUGGUUUAAAUGGCGUAGUUAACAUUAGAGAAAGAUGGAAUGAAGGUUUCAAAAAUGAAUUUGACUGUAGUAGUGCCGGUUUUUUACCUUUGGAGGAAUGGAAGCUCUUUGACCCUGUUUUUUUUGGUUUAAAUCCAGGUGAAGCUGAAACAAUUGAUCCACAGCAAAGACUUUUGUUAAAGUGCACCUAUGAGGCAUUGGAAGAUGGUGGUAUAGAUCCAAUAACACUACGUGGUUCAAACACAAGUGUUUAUAUUGGGUGCUCUACUCAAGAUUACAGGGAUAUUGGUCGUUCGUUAUCUUCAGCCCAAAGUAAUAUAUUCGGAAAAACGUCUCAUUCAGCAUCAAAUAGAAUUUCAUAUUGCUUUGAUUUUCAUGGACCUUCAUUCACAAUAGACUCUGCUUGCUCAUCUUCAACAACAUCUAUUAUAUUAGGUUAUGAAUCAAUAAAAUCUGGAAAGUCAAACUGUUCUAUUGUCGGUGGUGUAAAUAUGAUUAUAGAUUUACCCACAUAUAGAUCAUUUUCACUUAUGAAUAUAUUAAGUAAAAAAGCAGGAAGAUGUAUGACUUUUGAUGCCGAUGCUGAUGGCUAUGUUCGUUCAGAAGGUGUUGGUGUGGUUGUCCUAAAAAAUUUAAAUCAUGCAAUUAAAGAUGGUAAUGAUAUUUAUUGCGUAGUUUCUGGAGCAAGUUUAAAUGUUGAUGGUAAUGGCUUAGAAGAUAAGUUAAAUUUUUACUCACCAUCUUCCAUCUCUCAGGCAGAAAAUAUUAAAAUGGCACUUAAAUCAACUAAUGGGUUAGUGGAUAGAUCUGACAUUGAUUAUAUCGAGUGCCAUGGAACUGGUACACCUAAAGGUGAUCCAGUUGAGUUAGAAGGUAUUUCAAUGGUUUUUAAAGACAGUACUGCUCACUCCCCAUCCAACCCAUUGUUAGUAGGUUCUAUAAAAUCAAACAUUGGUCAUCUAGAAGCUUGUUCCGGUGUUGCAUCAUUAAUAAAAUGCUGUUUAAUGUUUAAAAAUAAAUGUUUUUUACCCAAUAUUAAUUUUAAAAAUCCAAAUCCUUUAAUCAAGUUUGAUGAGUGGAAUUUAAAGGUUGUCACACAACCAAUGAAAUUCAAUGAAGACAAACAAAUUUCAAUGAUUAUAAAUAAUUUUGGUGUAACUGGUUCAAACUCAUGCUUGAUUUUACAACAGUUCAAAAAUAAAAACAAAUCAAUAAAUAAACUCGAACAUAAGAGUUAUUUAAUACCAUUUUCAUCUUGUAGUGCUGUCUCACUAAAGAAAUAUCAAGAGUCGAUUGUUUUAAAAGAUAAUGACUUCAAUACCUUUGUUUUAAAUCAAAUUUAUAAAAAAUCUUUAUCCCUUUAUCAAAGAUCAGUUAUUAUUGCUAGAGAUUCUAAAGAAUUCAAUAAUAUAGAAAAAAGAACACAAUUUCAAACAAAAAACGAUUUUCUUUCUAAUAUAUCAAUAAAACAAAAUAAUCCAACAGUCGUAUAUAUCCUUUGUGGUCAAGGUUCACAGUAUAAUAAAAUGGGAUUAGAGCUAUAUAAAAAUGAACCAGUAUUUAGAGAUGCUUUGGAUUUGAUGAAUACAAAAUUUUCAGAUUAUUACGGAUAUUCCAUUUUAGAGAAAUUAAGAUUAAUUGAAGAUAGUGACUCUGUAUCUAUAAAUCAGCAAAUUAUAGUUCAGCCAUCUAAUAUUAUGAUACAAGUUGGGUUGUUUGAAUUGUAUAAGCAUUGGGGUGUAGAGCCAUCGGUUAUAAUUGGCCAUUCUUUGGGUGAAAUUUCUACAGCUUACUGCUCUGGUAUGAUUGAUAUGGAUACUUUAUGCUACUUGGUUUAUAAUAGAUCUAUUUUACAACAAAAAACACAAGGUACUGGCAGAAUGUUAUCAAUAAAUAUCAGUUCAGAACAAUUUAAAAACGAUUAUUCAUCAAAAUAUCCAACUCUAGAAAUUGCUUGUUACAAUUCACCAUCUUCCAUUGUUAUUGCCGGUAAUGAAGACCAUUUAAAUGAAAUAUAUAAUAGUGCAAAAGAAAAAGGUAUUUUUGCUGUAAUGCUUGGGUCUUUAACAGCAAUCCAUACAAGCUCUCAAAUGGCCAUAAAAGAUGAAAUUUUGGAAUUAAAUUUUAAAUCUCAGCAACCAAAAACUCCAACAUUUUCAACUGUAACAGCCGAAUUGUUUAACCAUGACCUCCUCUUUAAUUCUCAAUAUGUGUAUCACAAUAUUUUACAGCCAGUAAAGUUUGAUCAAACUAUUUCAAAUCUUUAUAAAUUUAUAGAAGAAAACCAACUAAAUUCAAAUGUAUGUUUUAUAGAAAUUUCACCACAUCCAACUUUAAUAUUUUACCUAAAACAAAUGGUCCCAAAUAACUCAAAAUAUUUUAAUAAUGGAAAAUCUAUAGAUUUUUAUACUUCUCUUAAUAGAAAAAAAAAUGAUUCAUCCGAAAUCCAAAAAACAAUUUCAGAAUUAUUUUGCAGCGGUUAUAACGGAAUAAACUUUAAGAGCCAAUUUAAUAAUCAAAAGUACACACCUGAUAGUGGUUGCUAUAAUUUGCCUUUAUACAAAUGGGAUGAUAAAGCCUACUGGAUAGAAGAUACACUCCAUCAACAAUUAAGAAUUGAUGGUCCAUCUGUUGAUCACUUGGGUAUUUCUAAUAAAGAGGCUUCACCAUUUAUUAAAUCUUUCCAAGCUUUUAUUGAUAUUGCCAAGUUACCAUUUCAAUAUCUAAUGGGCCAUCAAAUUAAGGGUAAAUAUUAUUAUCCUGGAUGUGGCUACAUUAUAAACUUAAUUAAAAUUUUUUCAAACCAAGAUAUAACAAUUAGCCAUAUGGAAUUUAAAACACCUUUGAUUCUUAAAAAAGGAAGCAAUGAAUGCUUACAAACUAAUAUUUAUCAAACCGGUAAAACCGAGUAUAAAGUUUUAAAUCAUUUUAAAGAUGGAAUAAAUCAAUGGGUGCAAUCUGCAAGUGGUAAUUUUCAAUUGUUUAGUCAUGGUGAAAAUAUAAUCAAAUUAAAUAUUCAAAAAAUAUUACAGAACCAAUGUAACAAAACAGUCAUAAAAAAAGAAGAACUUUACGAUUUUAUCAAAAUGAAGACUGGUUUGCAAUAUUCUGGUGCUUUUAGAGGUGUAGAAAAAUGCUUUUUAGGUGAUAAUUGCUCUCUUUCAAUAGUUUCACUUGAAUUGCCAAAUGGAUACAUUGACCAGGUGUCAGAAAAGGAACCUACAUUUUUCAAUACUUCAAUUUUAGAUUCAUGCUUACAUGGAUUAAUUUCAUUAAUCAACGAACAAUCACAAAUGGUGUUUGAUAAUGUUAGUGGCUUUAAAUAUUAUUCAAAAAAUAUUCCCAAAGAUAGAACUGAAUUUUCAGAAAUCUAUGUCUAUUCAGAAUUAAAGAAAAUAAUGGGUAAUUCUUAUGUGGGUUCAAUUACAAUAAUGUUAUCAGACGGAACAGUUUUAAUUGAUAUUGAUGAAAUAGUAUGCACAUCAUUAACCGAUACUAAAUAUCCCUAUGUAAUUGACUUCCCAAAAGAUAUAGUUUAUACAUCUUAUUUACAACAAAAAGAUUCAAUUUUACCACCACCAUCAACCUUUAAGUCAAUUUUUUAUUGUGAGGUAACCAAUGAAGUUAUUGAAAAUUAUUCUAAUAGUAUAAAAUUUAUUUCAACAACACUCUUAAAAUAUAUUAUGGAAAGAAACAAAGAUAUUCAAAUUGAUAUAGUUAGAAAAUUAAAUAUUGAACAAUUAAAGGAAAAAUACUUGGUCGAUUCAAAAAAUGAAAGAUUAUUCAACUAUAUAUUUGAAACAAUUAAAAAUCAUUAUAAUGAAGAUGUUCAGGAUAUUCCAGUUAUCGAUAGUCAAGAGUUAAUUGAAAAAUCCAUUAAAAUAAUUGCAAAAAUGUUAUUCCCGCUAGAAAGUGACAAUCCAUUUGAAAAUUUGCCCCAGUCGUUGUUUGAAGAUAAUAUACUCAAAGAAUAUUAUGAUCGUCCAACUUCUUUUGUUAGAAAUGAUUCAGUUGGGGAAAUAAUAAAAAGCUCCAUUAAGCCAAUUUUAAAAGAGAAAAUAUUAAUUAAAAUAUUAGAGUUGGGAGGAGGUACAUGUUCAUUAUCAAAAAUAGUAUUAAAUAAAAUAAAUACACUGCUCCUGGAUAAUCAAGGCUAUGAAAUCAAUAUCGAAUAUACAUGGACCGAUAUUUCACCAUCAUUUAUUUUUGAAGCUAAAAAUCAAUUGUCACAGUUCAAAGGUGUUAGUAUUGUUUAUAACAUUAUAGAUUUAGAGGUUCCAUUAAUAAAGCAAGGUUUAAAACCAUCAUAUUUCGAUUUUAUAAUAAUGGCAAAUGUAGUACAUGUCGUUAAAAACAUAAGUUAUGCUAUAGAACAAAUAUAUCAAGUAUUAUCACCAAAUGGGCAGCUUUUGUUAAUUGAGCCACCUAAUAGAUCUAUCAUUGCUGACACUAUAUUCUCUUGUUUUGAACAAUGGUAUUCAUUUGAAGAUAUGGAUAUUAGAAAAGACAGAUGCUAUAUAGAUAAUGAUACUUGGGUGAAGUUAUUAAAUCAACAUAAUUUCAAAUCGGACAUAUUAAUAACAAACCCAACUGAAUACUAUUGCACUGCCAUUCAAGCUCAAAAAAUAAGUUUAAAUAAUAUUUUACCAAAAAUAGAUAGUAGUGAAAAUGUAAUCAUUUUUUCAAAUUCUGGAAAUUUCUUUAUAAAUACUAUAAAAUCAUUAUAUAAAUUGAAUAAUAUCAAAAUUAUAUCAAAUAUGGACCAGUUUAAAAAUUUUAUCAAUUUAUCCAUAAUUAAUAACAACACCACAAUUUAUUUUAUAAAAACAGUAGAUGAAAUUAAUAUCAAUAAUUUUAAAGAAAUAACAUUGGAAUAUAUUGAAAUUAAUCAACAUUUAUUAAAAUUCAAAUUAAAUACAAAACAUAUUUUAGUUACACUAGAUUCAGACUCAUUAAACUACUUAUCAUCAUCAGUAGUGGGUGCGGCAAGAUAUUUUGAUGAAUAUUUAGAGUUAAAGCUAUUUACAUUAAAUUUUGAUAAACAAUCAAUUAUUAAUCAAGAUAUCUUUUCAAUUAUACCAACAAUAAUCAAUUGUGAUUUUUCAAUACACAGAGAAUUUUUUAUUAAAAAUAAUAAUGUUUUUUAUGAACGUUUUAAAAAAGAAACUAAUCUAAAUCAAAAUUUUAAAUCAAAUUCCUACAUCGUACAAAAAAAAGAAAAUAUAGAGUUGUUCAAAUUAACUCUAUCACCAAAUCUAGAGUACCAACUAAAACAAAGAGAAGUCAUAUUAGAACCAAAUCAAGUUGAAAUCAAAAUAAUGGCAUUUGGAGUAAAUUAUAAAGAUUAUUUAAUAUACUCAGGAAAUGUACCAAAAAUAGAAAAUAGAAUAAAUGGUGAUAUUAAUGAUCCAGAAUUUUGCUAUGACUUUUCAGGUGUUAUUACAAGAAUUGGUUCAGGUUCAAAUCUAGAUCUAUAUCCUUAUACUAUUGGUGACCAAGUCUAUGGAUUGGGAAAAAACUCAUCAGCAUCGCAUAUGAUUGUUGACAUGGAUGCAAUUUAUUUCAAACCAAAAAAUCUAUCUCAUUGCGAAUCAUCAGCUCUACCAACAAUUUAUUUGACAUCCUAUUACAGUAUUUAUAUAGUGGGUAAUUUAAAACAUAACGAAACUGUUUUAAUUCACUCUGCCUCAGGAGGUGUAGGUUUGGCUGCAUUAAAUAUACUCAAAAUGAAUCACAAAGGAUUGGUUUUUGUUACAGUGGGUUCCAAAGAAAAAGAAGAUUAUUUAAUUAAAACAUAUGGCAACUUUAUUUCUGGUAUCUUCUCAUCUAGAGAUAAGAAUUAUUGCCAACAAAUAAAAAAUACAUUAAAAGAAAUGGGUUCAGAUAGAAGCGGUGUUGAUCUAAUAUUAAAUACCCUUUCAAGUAACUAUAUGGAUUCCAAUUUUAAAUCUCUUACAACUGGUGGUAGAAUUGUCGAUCUUUCAAUAACACACCUAAAUACAAAUGAAUUCACAAAUAAUAUAAAUUUCAAGUAUAAUUUUGGAUACUUCAAUAUCGAAUUACAAUAUAUCAAUAAUGAAAUAAAAAGAAAAUUAUUAAAAAAGAUCACAAAAGCAAUAGAAUCAAAUAAACUGAACAAUAUAUUACCCAUAACAGAAUUCUCAAAUAAAGAAACUAAAGAUGCAAUAGAAUAUAUAAAUCAACGUAAACAUAUUGGUAAAAUCAUUGUCAAUAACAAAUAUGAUAUAAUGGAAUCAUUAAUAGAAAAACAAAAGGAAGAAAAAUUGUUAAAGUUAAAUUAUGAAAUCAAUGGUUUAGGUGAAACUAUUCUAAUUACAGGCCAAUCUGGUAUUAUAUUGGAUAUAUUAAAAUGGAUAUUAAAGUAUUCAAAAACAGUCAAAAAUGUAAUUAUUUUAACAAAAUCAAAAUUGAAAUGGGGAUUAGAAUUCGUAAUAAAUAGUUAUAAAGAAAAUAUAAAUUUUUAUUUCAAGUCUUUAGAUAUCAGCAAUUUAGAAGCUUUAGAAAAUUCAAUUAGUGAAGUUUUAUUAUCAAGUAAUAUUAAAAAUAUAGACUCUAUAUUUCAUUUUGCUUUUGAGCAUGUUUUGGGUGGGGUUCAAGAUAUUAGCUUAAAUCAUUUAAAUAUAUCCCACAAUGGAAAAACAUUAGGUGCAGUUAAUCUACAUAAUUUAUCAAUAAAACUCAAAUGGAAAUUAACCAAUUUUAUUAUGGCCUCUUCUGUAGUGUCUUGUAUUGGGUCAACAGAUCAAUGCACCUAUGUUUGUGCAAAUCGUGUUUUAGACUCUUUAUCAAAAUAUAGAAAAUCUAUUGGGUUACCUUCUAUUUGCACAAACUGGGGAAUGUUACAAUCAUCAGGUUUUACGGCAAGAAAUCAGUCGGUCAUUGAAUUAUUGGAUGGUCAAGGAUUGAAUCCGGUAACAAUCAAUACUGUUAUUGGAUCUUUAGAUUUAAUGAUUCAAAAUCAAGAUCAAUCAACUAAUUUAAUUGUUUCCGAUUUCAAUUUUAAUCUUUUGUUUAAUUUCCAAGGUUCAAAUUUCAAUAAAUUCGACUAUCAAUUAAAUUUAGUAAGAAGUUUAAAACAAACUAACAAUUCCCAAAAAGAAACUAUUGAUUCAAUUUUUUUAAAUAAACUAGCCGAACUAUUAUCUAUUGAUCAAAAUAAAAUUAAUAUAGAAGUAAAAUUAAACUCAUUAGGUGUUGAUAGUCUUUUGAUGGUCCAAUUAAAAAACUUCAUCGAUAAAGAGAUCUCUACAAAUAUAAUUACAAUCCAACAGUUACAGAAUAACACAAUUCAAUCAUCUAUAGAAACCAUUAAAAGUGAAAUGGAAAAAAGGGGAAAUGAAAAACCAGAUUAUAAUAGCAACGGAACCACUAUACUCACAAAAGCAGAAAAAAAAUUAGAAUAUUGGGAAAAUGAAAUUAAACUUGAUGACUCAAUAAUAAAAUUAUCAAUUGAAAACAAAUCCAUUCCUAAACAAAUCAUUAACAACAAAAAUAACAAUAUAUUCCUUACUGGAGCUACUGGAUUUUUAGGUGUUUAUUUAUUAUAUGAAUUGCUUAUGUUACCAAAUUGUACAAAGGUUUAUUGUUUAAUAAGAAAUAAAAGUAAAGAUAAUAACCCUAUAAAUGAAAUUUAUAAUAAUAUGAAAAAACAUUUAUUAUAUGACAAUCUAAAUACACAGCAGCUUUCAAAAAUCAAUGUUAUUGUUGGAGAUUUAUCAAAAAAUCAAUUUGGUUUAAAUAAUAAAGAAUUUAAAUUAUUAUCAAAUGAUAUCAAUUUAAUUAUUAAUUCAGGUGCAGAUAUCAAUUUAUCAAUAGAUUAUGAAUCUAUAAAACCAGUAAAUGUCAAUGGUGUAAAAGAAAUUAUCAAACUAUCACUUUCUUCUUCCAAAAUUAUUGUUCCAAUUGUCAACUUUUCUACAUAUUCAGUAUUUAUGAAGCAAGAACUAAAAGGUGAUUUUAAAGACAAUUUCGAUGAACAGCAAUUUGGUUUGGUUCCAUUAGAAAAUUUAAAUAUUUUACCUGGUGGUUAUAUGCAAAGUAAAGUAAUUGGGGAAUAUAUUUUAUGUUGUGCAGCAAAAUUGAAAUCAAUACCAUAUAUUAUAAUUAGGUCUCCUUCAAUAUUUAGUAACCCAACAACUGGAAUAGGUCAUGGCGAUGAUUUUGGUCAACUAUUGAUUCAAGUAUGCUCCAUAAUAGGCCACUAUCCCGAUUUGUCGAUUGGUCAUUUAGCUUCCCCAAUAACAUGGUGCGUGGAGAAUUUUUUAAAGGUUAUUUUUAAUGAAAACUCUUGGUCAACUAAUAAUAACUCUCCAAUAUCAAAACUAAAUGUGUAUAAUAUCAACAGUGAAGUUUUAAAUACAGAGACAUUGGUUAAAAACAUUGGUGAAAGAAUAGACUAUAGUCAUUGGAAAAAUUUAAUUAACCAAUCGGAACAUAAAACUUGCAUAAAACUUAGAACUUUUCAUUCUUUAAAUUAUAGUCGUUUCAACAUACCCAACUGUUAUGGUAUUUCAAAACGAACUAAGCAACUAUUAAUUUCUCUGGGAUCAUAUGGUAAUGGUGGUAUUAUUAACAAUGAGAUGAUAAAUAAUCAUUUAAAUUAUUAUAAUAAAAAAUAA